AGCCACAGAGGGCAACACCUCCCAGUGUGACGAUCACUACUGGAACGAAACCAGUUACGUGUGUUACUGUCGCCAUUUUCAAUCCUGAGGAAGGAAACGCCUUGAAGGAGGAAGGAAAUAUAUCAACUCUGUUCCUUUUUAUUUUGUUUUUUUAUUUUAUUUUAAUUUGAAAAGUAGUUUACCACCAAAGCUGCCAUGGGGGGUAUUUUUUCCAUGCUCUUCAAAAUGAAGAAGGACAUGAGGAUCCUCAUGGUGGGUUUAGAUGCCGCUGGAAAGACAACGAUUCUGUACAAGCUAAAACUUGGAGAGAUUGUGACUACGAUUCCUACAAUAGGUUUUAAUGUAGAGACUGUAGAGUACAAGAACAUCAGUUUUACUGUAUGGGAUGUCGGAGGUCAGGACAAAAUCCGACCGCUUUGGCGUCAUUACUUCCAGAACACACAAGGUCUCAUCUUUGUUGUGGACAGCAACGAUAGAGAACGAAUUGCAGAGGCUCGUGAAGAGCUCAUGAGAAUGUUGGCGGAGGAGGAGCUACGUGAUGCACUACUUUUAUUAUUUGCCAACAAACAGGAUCUUCCAAACGCCAUGUCCGCAUCAGAACUCACAGACAAGUUGGGACUUCACACCUUGCGUGACAGACAAUGGUACAUCCAGGCAACCUGUGCCACUACUGGGCAGGGCCUCUGCGAAGGACUGGAUUGGUUUUCUACUGAGCUCAAAAGACGUCAUUAAUCACCUGCUAUCCAAAUCUAGUCCACUCCCGCCGAUCUCUAACCCUGGUCUCUGCUCUUUGUCAUGCAGAACUUGGUUACCUGGUCAAAAAAAAACCUACUGCAAGCCUUUCUUAUUGUCACCAACAAACAGGGCAGAGGUGGGGUUAAUUAAUGAUUGCAAAGAUGUUUUUAUAUAAUUGUAUUUUAACUGUAAAUAUAUUUGGUAAUGGGAUAGCUUGUUGCACUCAAAUCAUUCUGUGUUUAUUUCUUUUUGUGGCUGUCAGGCAGCCGUGUGUGUAUUAAAUACGAAAAGGAGGGCAGGAAUUUACCAGAAUGUUAGCAGCAGAACUUCAAUCUAAUCUGAGUUUUUGUUAUUAUGUGGGCCUUUUAAGUUUCAAAAAACGGAACACUGUUGCACUGCUUAAUAAACAGAGACUACAUGUAGCCUGCCAAAUGACCAUUAAGUUAACACUGGUUUUUACUUUUUGUUCCUUGUUUUAACACAAGUCUGUCUACUUUGAGGACUCCCGUCUCCAGCCUUUAUUAUACGGUACAUUUGCCAUAAAUGAGAUAUGCUGCAAUAAUAUAACAUCUGCCUGCUUUAUGGGUGUUUCAAGGCAGUCCAGUGGACUUUUAUAUGUAUAAGACUCGGGGUUCUCUUGUGUUGCCUUAGUUAUAUACAUGUUAGAAUGAUGUGGUCUUGCAUACGUACUAGGUGUGAACAUCAUUAAAAUGCACUGACAGCAAUAA